AUGGCCAAAAGAAGUAUUUUCUGUUUUAUUGUCAGUCUUCUGUCAAGCUUUUCUGCCAAAACAACAUCUGCCACAAAGGAAUCUUGGGAUUACCUUAAAAUGGCUCAGUUCUGGCCAGGAACGUCUUGUGUUUAUUUCGGAGAAAAGAAAUGUGCUGUUCCUCCUAGUACUCAUAGCUGGACAAUCCAUGGGCUGUGGCCUUCAGCUUAUACAGGGGAGCUGCCUGCAUAUUGCAAUGAUUCUAUGACUUUCAACUAUACCGAGAUCAAGGUUCUGCGUCACCAGUUGAAUGAACAGUGGCCUAAUUUCAACAAGUCUGGUAGUCCCUUAGCUUUGUGGUCACACGAGUGGACUAAACAUGGAACAUGUGCCUAUGAGUUGCCUGUCCUUCAGGGGGAGUUGAAGUAUUUUAACUCAACUCUACAGCUUCACAACACUCUAGAUCUGCUUGGUGUACUCAGUGGCUCAAGAAUCAAUCCCAGCAAGAAAAAGUUCUAUGAUCUGACAGAUAUUUUUCUAGCUGUUUCUGGCAAAUACAGUAAAGUGCCUCAAAUCAAGUGUUUGCAUAUGAAUGAUACCUAUUAUCUGGAAGAAAUCUGGCUAUGCUAUGACAAGACAUUUAAUUUAAUUGACUGUCCUGAAGCAAGUCCACCGACUAAAGAAAAUACCUUGAGAGUGAAAUACCCAGAAAAACCAGAGUUGCCUCUCUACUUUAAAAGUGAAAAGAAAAGCUACUUUGUGGACUGCCCUAGUUCCGGAGGUGUGCUUUAUGUUCCCAUUCCUCGCAGUCAGAAGUCGACACCAUAG